CAUUAAUAUCUAUACAGACACCACCCACGCCGCAGCCGACGCCUUGGAGUACUAUGACAUACUCGAGCAGUUCGACAAUGUUCGUCGAGCUCUAUUGUUUCCGUCACCCAGUUGUUUGAGACAGUGUCGCUGUUAUUGUCGCGAAUAAUGAACCAAGGCAGUCAAUAGAGAUGAAACCAUCUCUUCUCGCAUAUCGCAAGACAUACUUCUCUUCAUGCAUACAACGCUCAGACAUGUCUCAAUCAUAAUCUCGACCAUACAUAAACUCCGAUCCUCUUCGCCAUCUGGCAUGUCAUCUCGCCGAAAACGCCAAGUUCCAGCAAGAAUGCGCAAAAAUGAAAGGCCUUGCGAUGAGAUCCCUGAUAACGACAAUGCGGAUGCACAAUACACCGCUCUUUUGCUCAGAGAGGAGGAGCUGAUCGAGGCUGUUCGGAUGGUCGACCCCGAGGAGGCUUCUAAGAUGGAGAGCAAGCUGGACAAGAUCACUCGAGUACCAUGGAGCAAGCUCGAACAAUCAGACCAUUCGUCCGAUGAGAUACGGCUGGACCGUCUACACUCCAUCGAGCGAGCCAGAAACGAAGCCGAAGAAGCCAUCCAAAAAGAAAUCCAACAAGCAGCAUUGAAGAAAGCCCACGAAGAAAAGAUCCGCCAACAAGAAGCCCGCCUCGCUCUCCAACAAGACCAAAAAGUUCUCUCCGAUCAAGAACUCACCCAAGCCAUCCUAGCCUUCAUCUCCAAAAGAUCUCGCCCCAAAAGAUGCCCCGACAAUGGCGAAUACAGCUGGUCCGGCAAAGUCUUCCACGUCAAACAACAAAUCAAAUGGAAAGAAGAAGACGACAAUUACCUAGCUCGAGAUAUCAGCAGGAGACUUUGCAGCAGAAAUCUUCCAUAUAAAACCCCGCGGAUCCAGUUUUGGAGGGUAAAUCAAGAAUCGGUUAGGUACUCGAGACUUCUUCCGGAGCAUCUUGCUUAUCGGCCUGUCGAUGCUGUUACGCUGUCCAACAAGAAGGGAGUGGAUUAUGCUUUGAAGUUGGCUGCGAAGAGGAUUUGGAUCAUUGUUACUCACGCUGAUGAUGAGGAUGUGUAUCGAAGGCUUUUCUGAUGAACUUGGA